AGGACUGAUGAGUGACAGACAGCUUCACAGUAGCGCUGUUCGCUGUGAAGGAGAGGAGGGGUGACGGCGAGCUGUCUACUGUAUGUUACUGUAAAAAGAUUACUGAACUCUUAAAGCUUCUUUUAAACCGUAGUAGUUGCGCUAUUUCUUGCACAGCGAACCGCGUGUGCCCAUGUGUGCGCGGCCGUGGACUACGCGCUCACCCAUUCGGCUUUCCAAAAAAAUGACAUUAUUUUUGGAAAGAAACUGAUUGUUGCGACUUUUACGCACAUGCAUUUUGCAGAGGAACAGAAGACGACGGAGGUUACAUUAGUUGUGGUUCGCUAUUUUUAAGGCUGAAAACUUUUAUUUUCCGCGCUGUAGCGAAAGACACCGAACCAUGGAGAACCAGACCGAACCGCAGAGCAGCACCGAGGACGUCCGUAAGAGCGGCUAUCUCCGCAAGCAGAAAUCCAUGCACCGGCGGUACUUCGUGUUACGGACGGCCUCUGAGCGCGGCCCGGCCCGUCUCGAAUACUACGAGAGUGAGAAGAAAUUUAAGGGUAAAGCUCCCUUGCCCAAAAAGGCUCUGGCACUUGAGACGUGCUUCAACAUCAACAAACGAGUCGACUCCAAGAAUAAACACAUGAUCGCGCUGUACACACGGGCUGAGAGUUUUGUUGUUGCGGCGGAGAAUGAGACAGACCAGGAGGAAUGGUUUCAAGCGAUGGUGGAACUUCAAUGCAAGAGUAAAGCACUAUGUGACAGUGGAAAUGGUGAAGACUAUGGAGUGCCAUCCCCUGGUCCUGCCUUCAAGGAGGUCUGGCAAGUAAAGGUUUGGCCUAAAGGUCUGGGGCAAGCCAAGAACUUGGUUGGUAUCUACCGGCUCUGUCUGACUGAAAAGACAGUGAACUUUGUCAAGCUAAACUCUGAUGCAGCUGCUGUUGUUCUCCAGCUGAUGAAUGUAAGACGUUGUGGUCACUCUGAAAACUUUUUCUUUGUGGAGGUCGGCCGGUCUGCAGUAACUGGCCCUGGAGAGUUUUGGAUGCAAGUGGAAGAUUCUGUGGUAGCACAGAAUAUGCACGAAACACUGUUGGAAGCCAUGAAGGCCCUGAGUGAGGAAUUCCGACAACGUAGUAAGUCACAGUCAGCUGCUGCAGGAGCAGGUGGAGGUGCCACUGCAUCAAAUCCUAUCAGCGUUCCAUCUCGACGUCAUCACCCAAACCCACCACCUAGCCAGGUUGGAUUUACAAGACGUCCACGGACUGAACCACCAGGAAGUACCGGAGGUGGAAAUAGCAAUAGCACUUCUCCAACUCCUCGACACAGCUUUCCAAGAACUCGAACAUCCAGUGAUGGUGGAAAAACUGAUGAUGUAGGUGCGUCCUGUUCAAGUCCUACCACCAAUGGAUCAUGUUCAAAUACCCCUAUACUGAGAUCGGCAUCUGUUCGAGCUCCAACCCCAGUUAAGGCACAGCAUGCUCUAAUGAGAUCCACCUCAACUCCAGUUGCUUCAGCUGCACCAAACCUGCCUUCCAGCUCUGAGCCUACAUCUGAGUUUUGUGGAACUGUAAAUGAGACAGGCAGCAGUGGUGGUAAUGGUAGUGUGUAUAGUCGAAUACCUCUCCGGCAGCUCUCUGUCUCAGGCUCUCUCAGCGACUAUGGAUCCUCAGAUGAAUAUGGCUCAAGCCCUGGUGAGCACUCUCUGCUAACACCAACAAUGCAGACAGGUUCUGCGGGUAGCUCAGGUGGACAUUCUCUUGGGGAUGAAGCAUCUAACUACAUUGUUAUGGGUCAGAGAGGGGCAUCUAAACAUCAGCUACCACACAAUGCAUUACCACAGACUAGGAGAGUUCUGAGACGCUCUUCUAGUAGGGAAUGUGAAGCAGAGCGUAGGAUAAUGAGCAAGCGGGCCUCCCUCCCCCCCAUGGCCUUAGAGCGACUGGCAACCCUCCGUCGAGCUGGAGAGGAAGCGUUUGAAGAGGACGACUAUGCAGUUAUGACCCGUACCACCAGCCAAGAGUCAUUUGCUUCAAGGCAGGAUUCUGGAGCAGCAGCGGGUGGAACGGGAUACUUAGAGGUAGCGCCAGACAUCAAAUGUGAUGCUGGGACAGAUGGAACUGCUGGCAUUGGUGGCGGUAAUGGAGCAAUUGAUAAUGGCUACAUGUCUAUGUUGCCGGGAGUAACAGCUUCCCCAGUAUCCCUUUCACAUUCUCUCUCAGUAGCAGUAUCAGAUCCCGAAUCGAAACCUGCAGAUGACUACAUGGCCAUGACCCCCAAUAACAGCAUUUCACCCCCCCAGCAGAUCCGCCAACCUCCUUCUGGCAAAGAUGGCUACAUGAUGAUGUCUCCCAAUAGUAGCUGUUCGCCAGAUCAGCGAGGGGUUCCUUCAGCCUGGAUUGGCAGUAGCAGUGCAGAUAGCCGCACUGGCAGCGAUUAUAUGAAUAUGUCACCUAUUAGUGCCCGCUCUGCCAAUAGCACACCACCACCACCACAUGAGCCCUUCACACAAUCUGACCUGCAUCCUCAGCAGCCUCCACCCAAGAUGGUAUACUCAUACUAUUCUCUACCCCGUUCCUACAAACAUAAUACCACAACACACUUUGAGGAAGGGCAAGGGAGAGGGAAGCUUCUGGUUAAUGGAGGUAGAGGGUUUGGUGGAGGUAGAGGACUUAGUAAUAGCAAGUCCAGGCAUCAGGAACCACCUGUUGGACGACAUCUGUCCCUUUCAUCAUCCUCAUACUCCUCCAGUUCAGCUAGCAAUGAAAGCUUAGGUGAAGGUGAGGACAAAGCUGACAAGGUGAAAGGAGGAGUAAGUGCUACUGCAAAAGAUACUGAUCAGGGCCACUUGCAGCAAAGACAAGGGUCUGGAGGUGUUAAGCAUUCUGGUCAGAGGGGUCGGCCACUUAGCUUGUUUGUGGACAACUCUAAAGCCAACACUCUUCCCAGAGUUCGUGAGACACCCCUUCCCUCCGAGCCAAAGAGCCCUGGGGAAUAUGUUAGCAUUGAGUUCAAGGGUGAGAGGAACAUAAAGACAGGAAGAAAUGGAAACAGAGGACAUAAGCUUGAUACUUCUGUUCUACCUAGUGGCCACCGUCCAUUACCUAGGCCAACCUCUUGUGUUGCUGGCUUCUUACCCUUCUCUCAUUGCUCCUCCAUCCUCCCAUCAACUGCCUCUGAGUAUGUCAACAUGGAGUUAGGAGCCUCUCCUUCCCCCUCACCCAUCUCUCUCGCACCACUUGGGUUUCCCUCAUUCCCUACCCCUCCUAUCACACCUGUAGCAGCCCCUAAAGCCUGUGGUGAGCAUAGAUCAACAGCUCUAAAUGGCAAGGAAGCAGAGGUUGAAGUGGGACAUAUAAAAAGCAGUAAGUCAUCAGUUCUACAGUCUGGAGAUUCACCUACAGCUUGUGGUGACUACACAAAGAUGGCCUUUAGCCUGAAGUCAGACAAAACUUUAAGUUCUACAUCUUCAAAAGCCUCUUUGCCAGAUCAACCUGAAUCAGUAGUUCCUACCCUAGGAUUAGGAAUGGGGCUAGAUUUUCCCUUUGCCAAAGUUCCAAACCCAGACCACGGAGCUAAAGUAAUACGAGCAGAUCCUCAAGGUCGUCGGCGACACUGCUCUGAAACGUUCCAGGCUCCUUCCUCACUUCCGCCUUGCUCUACGACAUCAUGUUUCUCUGCAUUCCCUGAUCACACCCAAGCUAUAGUCCGUCGGCUUGGUUUUGAUGGUAUACUCUGGGGGAACAGCUCAUCAGAACUUUCAACUCAGUACAUCAACCCUGGAAUACCUAGCAUAUCUGCUUCACAGACAUCCUUCAUGGAGCAGGGCCUCAAUUACAUAGACUUGGACCUGGCUAACAAGGAAAGCCCCCACACUAACACAGAUGGGCAAGCAGCUGUCAACACACCUGCUGCUCGUCUCUUUUCCUCUGUGCUAGGUGGUGGGGCUGCAGGAGGCUCCGUGGGAACUGGAGGUUCAGGCAGUAGCACUUCAAGCCUCAACACAUAUGCUAGCAUUGACUUCUACAAGUCAGAAGAGCUACGGACACCUCAAGGCAGCAGCAAUAGCAGUAAAGAUGGUACAGAAUGUUGAUGCCUAUUCAUGGUACUGUGGAUUUCUGGAACAAGAAAUGCUGAAGCGCUCUCCUGAAUGCCUGAGAAGAAAAGAGAGAGAGGAAGGUGUGCACAAGGCCCAACCAACCUCAUGAGCACUUUUUAAAGACUCUUCUGAAAUGAUUUGUUUCUGCAACAAAUGGGAACGUGCCAAAAGAGAAGAGCAACAACACAUCUUUUCUGUCCAGACUCAUGACAGAAUAGCACAAUUGACCAGAAUCGGUGAGGAGAUUGAUGUCUGCCAACCUAGAGCCAAUGGCUUUGACCCUUGAUCUUCAUCGGUAACUUGAACAGCGUGUGUCCAGUAUUUACAACAGGGAUUGAAUGAUUGAAUGAACCCACAAGUGUUCAACAUAUGUAUAUACACAAACUGCCUUUUGAUCGUAGCUUUUUGAACAGACAUUGACUGAAAAACUCAUGGGCUUGAAGAGAGAGCUUGAUAUUAUAUGUUUAUGUAAAAAACUAAAUAGGAAAAGGUCUUUACAAGCAUGAUUGUAAGAUAACAAGAGCACUGAUAGUGUUUCUGUAAAUGAUGAUGAAAAUGAACUAAUUCUGAAACUCACAUGAUGUUUCGCUAAUGUAGCAUCUCGGUAAUGACUUGUACAUCAGUUAGCCCACUCUUACCCCAAGCUUGAUAUGUUCCAGCUAUGCUCUAGCACUUAAGUGUCCAUCUCGUUCUUUAUGUGUCUCUUUUCAUCUCUCUCACUACUUUCUGCUCCCUUCACAGUAGCGCCCUGAAAAGAGCCAGUACCAGACAUUUGGCUCAGUGACAUUAAGGGUCUAUUUUUAUUCUAAGGGUGGGGCAGUUCUGUGAUGAUGUCUGCGGUAAUUUACCUCGAAUGGCACGCAAGGAUGCUAGCUGACCCAAUCUGCACUGGACUAUACCAACAAUAGUCUGGAACGGGGGUGUUCAUAGUUGACAAUCAUCCCCACACACUGUAUCACAGUGACAACCAUUGCUGGCCAUCAGUGGUAAAAUAAACAAAAAUGUGUGCUAAAACUUGUGUCUGAAUUUUGUGAUUAAAUAAUAAAAAAAUGAAUAAACAUUUUGAAGAACGAAACAUGUUUGGCUCCAUACUCAACCUCUAAAGGGCCUCAAACAUUGAGAAACUGUGAUGAAUAAGUGAGUGUUUCAAUAUUUAUGCUUUCAAGUGUGUAAGAGUGUGUGCUCAUGCUAGUCUACAUUUAUACUAAUAGUGUGUUUGUUCUUUGGUUUUACUGAACUGUUACUGGGUGUUCUGGUCUGUCUUUUAAUUGCUUGGAUAGAAGAUGUAAAAAAUACUGUUUAUUGGAUCCAGAUUGAGCUAGUCGAACAGACAAUCAAUCUAACUGCAUUAGACUGAAAAAGUCUUUCCCUGUAAGGACCAUGACUCAAACGCUAUAAAGUAACACAGGCUGCUAUGCUUGACAGGCUGCUAUGCUCACCCUUUUUAACACUGGCGAUUUUGCUGUGUAGGUACUAAGCCUGAACAUACCCCUAAAUCUAAACUUAUACCAUGUAGUUACCUUAUACUACCCAGUACUUUCUUAGGUAAGUACACUAUAGGUGCACAUACUGUAAAAUAAAUUGCAACCGGUAGAAGGCUGGGCAUUUAGGAUUGGAAGUAAGAGCACAUAUCGCUGCUGUCUCCAUUUGUGAUUUUUAUUUUUUUGCAACCAUUAUUUAUUUAUUGCCAUAAAUCACCCUUUAUGUUUGUCACUGGGUUUUUCAAAUAUCUAACCA